GCUGCUGCGGGUAGUAGCUAGUAAGCAGUGCCAGUGUGUGAAAUACAUAAUCACAAGACACAGACACAUCUAUCCAUCAUGUCCUCCUCCUCCUCCUCCUCCCGCACACACACAAGAACAUGGUCGACGACGUUCCCGACCUUCUCCUCCUCCUCCCACACACACAAAUGGACAGGGUCGUCCUUGUGGAUUCAGAAAUACAAGGAGAUGGACUCGAAGCAGCGGAAGAGGGCGGUCUGCCUCAACAUAAUUGCCCCCUGCGCCGCUAUCUUACUGAUCAUCGCCUUGCUGGCGUGGCUCUUGUGGCCCACCGACCCGGAGUUCACCGUUGUGGACCACCACAUCAGAGACGUGAAUAAGGACCUUUUCCCUCCCACCUUGACUUUCAAGAUGGACGUGACCGUUAAGGUCCGCAACAGAAGCGUCUACACCUUCAAGUACGACUCCUUGAACAUGACGAUCCGCCACGACGGAAAUCUGCUGGCCGUCGUGGAACCCACCAAUGGCGGCGGGACGACCAUUGCCGGCAAAGAUGUGUCGUUGGUCAACGCCACGCUUGACAUCGACAUGCUCAAAAUCAUUAAGCAUUCCCCUUCUUUAAUCGCCGAUCUUUUCACCCAUCUUGGUGCCAUUCCUUUAGUUAUGCAAGCCAACGUCACUAAUCCCAAAUUCGGCAUCGGCGUCUUCACUCCUCCCUACAAGGGCUGAGAGCAAUAUAACUUGCGAGAUGAAUGCGGAUGUUAUUGAGCAGGAAAUUACCGACAUAUCGUGUUGAGAGCAUACAACAAUAUAUGUGGAUCGAAUGAAGAGACAAAAGCCAACAAACUGAUACAUGCUUA